AGCCCCAGCGCCUGCCUGGCGGCGGCGGCAACGAUGCACACAACUUCCCGCACUCUGGCCACCAGCGUGAACGCAGACUGCUGCAUCCCGGCUGGCCUGCGCCUGGGGCCCGUGCCCGGCACCUUCAAGCUGGGCAAGUACCUGUCAGAUCGCAGGGAGCCAGGGCCCAAGAAAAAGGUACGCAUGGUGAGAGGGGAGCUGGUGGACGAGUCAGGGGGCGCCCCUCUGGAGUGGAUAGGGUUAAUCCGGGCAGCCAGGAACCCCCAGGAACAGACUCUGGAAGCUAUUGCAGACUUACCAGGAGGACAGAUCUUCUACCGGGCAUUGCGCGAUGUCCAGCCAGGGGAGGAGCUGACCGUGUGGUAUUCUAACUCGCUGGCUCAGUGGUUCGACAUCCCCACGACUGCGACUCCAACUCACGACGAGAAAGGGGAGGAGCGCUACAUCUGCUGGUACUGCUGGAGGACUUUCAGGUACCCUAACAGCCUCAAGGCACACCUGCGCUUCCACUGCGUGCUCAGCGGCGGCGGCGGCCGCGCCUUCCUGCACCAGGAGCACGCGGCCCGGCCCGGCGCCGCCCCGGUGGCAGAAGGCCUCGGCCUCCCCCCGAAGCCCACCGCUGCGGACUUGACGGCGCCGGUCCAGGCAGGCGCCCUGCGGCCCCACGCCCAGGCCGCCCAGCUCGCCCCGGCCUGCGGGGCGCGGGACAGCAUCAAGCGCGAGGCCUCCCUGGUGGCCCCGGCCCCCUCGCCGCCCCCGGGCAAGUGGGGGACUCCCAAGAAAAGCAAGGAGCAGCCGGACCGAGCCCCGGACGCGGGCGGGGCGGCCCGGGCCCACGGUCCCUUGCUGGGCAUCGUGGGCGGCUCCUCGGCGGGCGGCGCCGGCGCCCUGGCGUUCUACCCCGGCGCGCGCUCCGCCUUCAGACCCGCCGGCCCGGCGCGCGCGGCGGCGCAGGGCGACCCCUACCGGGAGGAGGCCGGCGGCAAGGGGCCGGCGCUGGCGCUCGGCCGGCUGCUGGGCGGGGGCCGGCGCGCCCCGCCGCCCGCCGCCGCGCGCCUCGCCCUGCCCGCGCCCGGGCUCCCGCUGGAGCGCUGCGCGCUGCCGCCCCUCGACGGCGGCGGCCUCAAGGCCUACCCGGGCGGCGAGUGCGCGCCGCCGCCCGCCGUCGUGCCGGCCUUCACGGUGUACGGCGGGGACCUGCUCUACGGGCCGCCCGCCGCCUACUACCCGCUGAAGCUGCACCUGGGCGGGCUGCUCACCUACCCCGACUCCCUCUCCUACUUGGGCGGCCCCGCGGCGGCCGUCGGGCCGGCCGAGCUGGGCUCCCUGGCCAGCAUCGACCGCGAGCUCGCCAGGCACACGCAGCAGCUCUCCGAGCUGGCGGCCGGCAAGGCGCGCGCGCGCCUGGACCCGGGGGCGCUGCCCGCGGCCGUGGGGGCGGCGGCGGGCGGCGGCGGCGCGGCGGGCAAGCCCAAGGCCGGCCACCUGUGCCUGUACUGCGGCAAGCUGUACUCGCGCAAGUACGGGCUCAAGAUCCACAUGCGGACGCACACGGGCUACAAGCCGCUCAAGUGCAAGGUGUGCCUGCGGCCCUUCGGCGACCCCAGCAACCUCAACAAGCACAUCCGGCUGCACGCCGAGGGCAACACGCCCUACCGCUGCGAGUUCUGCGGCAAGGUGCUCGUGCGCCGCCGGGACCUGGAGCGCCACGUCAAGUCCCGCCACCCCGGCCAGAGCCUGCUGGCCAAGGCCGCCGACGGCGCGGCCGCCGAGCCCGGCUUCGCCCUGGAGCCCGGGGACCCCAAGAGCGAGGACAGCGACGUGGACGUUUGCUUCACCGACGACCAGAGCGACCCCGAGGCCGGGGGCCGCGGCAAGCACGACUCCUAACGAGGCUUUCGAGCAAGGGGCAGGGACCCGGACGGGAGAAGAGCGCGGUGGCGACAGGAAGGUGGCUAGGGUAAUUCUGGGAGGGAAGCGAGCCGCUCCAGUUCUGGAGUGGAGCGGAGUUUGAGAUGGGUCAAUGAAACAGCCGGUGAACAGCCCCCAGGGCGUGGGCAGCCCCCGAGACUGGCGGAGCCUCUCGCCCUGCAAGCACCCUGGUCUUGGAGUUCAGGGUUACAUCAAUACUAGUAUCUCCGUGCCCUCAAAAGUGAUGGUUUUAAUUGCCACGAGUUUUUACAACGUUCUUUUCUGUGGAGGAAACCGUGCCUUUUGAAAAGAUGUUCCGCGUGAGUUUUACGUUACGAUUUCACCGCACAGCAGGCAAAACAAUAGACGCGACACCCACACACCUGUUCCGUUUUUCAUCCGUUCUCUUUUCUGAGACUGCUCCUUGCCACGUUGAGUAUACUGUGGUAGUGGAUGUACACAUUGGUCAAGUUGCAAUUUAUUUAUGAAAGAAUAAUGAUAAAUGUAAAAUAACGCAUGAAUCUAAGAGCACGCACUAUAUAAAUAAAAAAAAUCCUAUUUGGUAGAGUCCAGAUGUUUAUGUUGUUUUAUAAUGGACGAUGUACAGUGGAUACAGUACUUUGCUCUUGUUUCCAUUUUGUGCAAUCUUUAAGAAUA